AUGGAAAGUGAUGCUGGGGAAAACUUGUUUGGCACAUUCUUCUCCUCGUCCACAUCCAUGACCAUCUCCACCACCACCACCACCAUCUCAUCAUCAUCGUCAUCAUCACCAACAUCUUCUACCUCAAGCUCAAACUCAUGCACCAAGCAGGACUCCCAAACAAGUUCUCCAGAUGAUUCAACAGCUGCUCAAAAUGAAAACACCCCAAAUAGCAAGGAAUGCAAGAAAAGACAAAGAAGUGAGAAUGAUAACAAGCACCCCAGUUACAGGGGUGUGAGAAUGAGAGCAUGGGGCAAAUGGGUGUCUGAGAUCCGUGAGCCUAGAAAGAAGUCAAGAAUAUGGCUUGGAACAUACCCUACAGCAGAAAUGGCAGCCAGAGCACACGAUGUGGCAGCUUUAGCCAUCAAGGGUCAUUCAGCUUUCCUCAAUUUCCCCAAUUUGGCUCAAGAUCUUCCAAGGCCCAUCAGCACAUCCCCCAAGGACAUUCAAGCUGCAGCAGCAAAAGCAGCAACCACUUUCUUCGAUGAUGAUAAGCAUUGUGAAGCUCAAAAGGCCCAACAAAACCAUGCAGAACAAGCUUCAUCUUCAACUCUAUGCAUGGACAAUACUGAGGCAGAGCAAGUUCAAACAGAACAAGCUUCAUCUUCAACUCUAUCCAUAGACACUACUCAAGUGACUUCAACUUCUCACUCAUCUGCAGAUGAUGACACACUGUUUGACCUUCCAGAUCUUUUCCCUGAUGGAAACAAUGGACUUUUCUCCGAUUCUUCUUCUUGGCGUCUAUGUGCCUCUGAUAGUGGAUUCAGGCUUGAGGAGCAAUUUUUGUGGGAGAAUUACUAG